AUGAAAUAAAAUAAUUACAAAACUUCAUAAGUUGAUCUUUCAAGUAUUGCUGAAUAAUCAAAUACUCAAUCAGAUGUAGAAUUAGAAUAAAUAGACAUGGCUAAAAUGAAUUGUUAUGAAUAUUAUACUGCGAUAGAUCCUAUAUCAACUCAAGUCUUCUAAAUUGAAGGUGAACAUCAUAUUAAAGAAUUGUUUAAUCGCUUGAUAAAGAAGGUAAUUGAAAAGGCAUAAGAAAAUGAAAUCUUAAGAAAGUUACCUACUGUUUCUGCUACAAAUUCAUUAAGUCUUUUAGUUAUGCCUUUGGUGCAAGCAUUCUGUAAACCUGAAAAUCCAAAUCAAGAUAUUCAAAGUGGUGGAUUAGGCGAGGACUUUGAACCUGUACGAAAUCUAUUUAAUUUAAGUUUCACAUUUAACAAGAAUAGUGGCUGACAUCUAAAAUUAAUAUGGAAAUCAAGCCAGAGAUUAGACCGAACACUUGUUAAACUUCAAGUCCAAUGACUUUUGCCAGAUCGAAAGUUUUUGUAAUUUAAUUAUUCAUUUUAGGAUUAAACUUAAACAAUAAAAGAAAAGAAAUAGUUAGAUCCUUUGCCUAUAGAUUUAGUAGAUCCAUUAGAUAUUAGUAUUACAGAGGAGCAAUUGAGAAAUGAGAAGGAAAGAUAAACAAAGGAGAAAUUAGAAUUAAAUGAAGCUGAAAAAAGAAGGAAACUAAAAGAAGAAAAAGAAGAAUAAUUAAAAUACGAAUUGAUGGCCAAAGAUAAGAAAUCUAAGCAAUAUACAUAUGAUUAUGAUGGCAAACUGAUAUCUGUUAACUUGGCUAAAGGUACUAAAUUACCACCUCCUGCAUCAACCUUGGGGUAUAGUUCAAUAUUUUUUAAGAUCUAAAUUCGAAGAGGAUCAAACUGCAAAAGUAAAUCCAAAAAAGAAAUAUAAUAAAGUUCCAUGGAAUAAUAAGAAAACUGAUGAUGAAAAGGAUAAAGAGAAGGAUACAUUCAAGUUUAAUUAAAUAGCUCCUUUAGUUGUAGAGAAUAUGAAUUUAUAACCAGGAAUUGUAGUCAUUCAUGAAGGGAGAAUCAAAGAGGGCACCAGGCCAAAUACUGUCGAUUUAUAAAACAUGAAUAAUCCAACUCUGAGAAUGGCAAGGAAUGAAUAUCUUAGUCUUACUUAACAAAUGAAUUCUUCUAUUAACCAUAAUGUUUAAAUUAAAGCAGAAGACAAGCCAAUAAAAGAGAUUGAUAAAGGGAAAGGAUUCAAUUAUGAUAGACUAAAGAGACUUAGUUAGUAAUCAAACAAUCAAUUAGGAGUUAUAAAGUAAUGUUAAUUUAUAAGUGGAUAGAAUCAAUUCUACAAAAAUAUUUGAAUAAUUAGCGCAAGCUUUUUUUGAGGAGCCUGAAGAAUUACCAAAAAUCAUUAAUUAAUAAACAUCAAAGAGUUCUUAAGAAAACACAUUGAAAGGAGUGAAAAGCCCUAUAGACUAGUUUAACUUAUCCUUAUAUAAAAAUAAUAUUGUGGGCAAAGAUUAAUAAAGUGAAAUUGGAAUAAAUUAUGAGAAAUUAAAAACUCUAAAAGCCAACUCAAGGUAAAACUAUAUACAUUUUAGAGAUUUGAAAUCCUCAAUAGGUUCAAGAUCCAAUAGACCAAGAGAAAGAAAAAUGUUAUCGGAAUAAAGCACCCUUCCUACUGUGAGGAGUUAAAAAAACUUUAAAUUAUGAUCACUUUUGUUGUAUAUAUUUUAUUGACAAGGAGUGUGAUUAAUUAUUUUAUUAAAAUUAUGGAAUUAUUAAGAGAUCCAUCGCAUGAUAGAGUAGUGAAAACCUUGAAGCCACCUCCUCAUCAUCCCCUCUCUCGCUAACUCAUGUUUCCAGAAAAACUAAAGAGUAACUAACUUUGAAAUUAUUAGAUAAACCUGACUGGAGAUUAUUACUAGAUCAUUUAUCAAAAGAGGGUAGAAUUGCAAAAGAAGAACUUUUCAAAUUAGUUUAAGAAUGCAAUAAAAUAUUUAGUAACAUUUUCUUAAAAAAAAAAAUAACAGAAAAUGAGGGGAAUCUCAUUUAUUUGCAUGAUCCUUUAACAGUUGUAGGGGACAUUCAUGGCCAAUACUAUGAUUUAAUUAAAAUGUUUGAUGUCGGAGGCAAUGUAGAAACAACAAAAUAUCUAUUUUUGGGUGAUUUUGUUGACAGAGGUUCAUUUUCCAUCGAAGUGAUCGUCUUAGUAUAUGCAAUUAAGAUCAACUUUCCAAAUACUGUUUUUUUCCUAAGGGGGAACCAUGAAUGUAGACAGCUCACAAGCUUUUUCAAUUUUAAGGACGAAUGUAUACAAAAAAAAACCCUCUCAUCAAGGCCUCUAUAAGUAUGACCAAGAAACCUA